AUGCGCGAGAUAGUACAUCUUCAAGCAGGCCAAUGUGGCAAUCAGAUUGGAGCAAAGUUUUGGGAGGUGAUCUCGGACGAGCAUGGGAUCGAUCCCACGGGCACGUAUCACGGUGACUCAGAUCUGCAGUUGGAGCGAAUAAAUGUUUACUACAACGAGGCGACAGGCGGUAAAUACGUGCCACGUGCGAUUUUGGUCGAUUUGGAGCCCGGGACAAUGGACGCGGUUCGUUCGGGGCCGUUUGGUCAAAUAUUCCGGCCAGACAACUUCGUGUUCGGGCAAAGCGGCGCUGGUAACAACUGGGCCAAGGGACAUUACACCGAGGGCGCCGAGCUCGUCGACUCCGUCUUGGACGUUGUUCGCAAGGAGGCUGAGAGCUGCGAUUGCCUCCAGGGAUUCCAGCUCACACACUCGCUGGGCGGUGGUACUGGUGCCGGCAUGGGUACUCUGCUCAUCUCGAAAAUACGCGAAGAAUACCCUGAUAGAAUCAUGAUGACCUUCAGCGUGGUACCUUCGCCGAAGGUAUCGGACACCGUAGUCGAGCCCUACAACUGCACUCUCUCGGUACAUCAGCUGGUGGAGAAUACAGACGAGUCGUAUUGCAUAGACAAUGAGGCGCUUUAUGACAUCUGCUUCCGGACUCUCAAGCUGACCACGCCAACCUAUGGUGAUCUCAAUCAUCUCGUCAGCGCGACCCUCAGCGGCGUUACCACUUGCCUGAGAUUUCCCGGCCAGCUUAACGCAGACCUAAGAAAGCUUGCCGUCAACAUGGUUCCUUUCCCGCGACUGCAUUUCUUCAUCCCCGGCUUUGCCCCUCUAACCUCUAGAGGUUCGCAACAGUACCGGGCACUUACGGUACCUGAACUCACCCAGCAAAUGUUUGAUGCGAAGAACAUGAUGGCCGCGUGCGACCCGCGACACGGUAGAUAUUUGACAGUAGCCGCAGUAUUCCGUGGCAGAAUGUCGAUGAAGGAGGUGGACGAGCAGAUGCUCAACAUCCAGAACAAGAACAGUAGCUAUUUCGUCGAAUGGAUACCGAGCAACGUGAAAACUGCCGUUUGUGACAUACCCCCGCGGGGUCUGAAAAUGUCCGCGACUUUCAUUGGCAAUUCUACGGCUAUUCAGGAGCUGUUCAAGAGGGUAUCGGAACAAUUCACCGCAAUGUUUCGACGCAAGGCGUUCCUGCACUGGUAUACCGGCGAGGGUAUGGACGACAUGGAGUUUACCGAGGCUGAGAGCAACAUGAACGAUCUCGUGUCCGAGUAUCAGCAGUACCAGGAGGCGACCGCCGACGAGGAGGGAGAGUUUGAUGAGGAGGAAGAGGGCGAGGGCGAGGAGAAGUGAAGAUCGUCCCCAUCUCUGGAAGAUGUUUAUCGAGUGCUCGCUAUACCUGCUGCUUCCUUUCCGCUCUCGUCGUUUCUUUACGU